CAUGAACUAGAAGAGCUCAGGGCGGAGUCAAGAUGGCAUACUAGGAGGACGUGGAAUUCGCGUCUCUGCACAGCGAGGGUACCUACCAGGCACCGGUGGGGGACCACGGACACCUAAGGGGUCAGGAGGAACCCCCAGCGACCUGCCCAACUUCUCUACUCCCUGCACCCCUCCCCUCCCAGCAGAAUGAAGCUUCCCCCUCUUCUGACCUUACUUUGCCUCAUGGCAGUGGCCCUGGCUGUCGGGAACCUGGUCCAGUUCGGGGUGAUGACUGAGAGAAUGAAGGGGCAGCCUGCGCUGCAGUACAUUGACUAUGGCUGCCACUGUGGUUUCGGCGGCUCCCACGGGCCAGUGGACCAGACAGACUGGUGCUGCCACGCCCAUGACUGCUGCUAUGGGAGUCUGGAGAAGCUGGGCUGUGAACCCAUGUUGGAAACGUAUCUUUUCUCUGUCAGCAGGCACAGCAUCUUCUGUGUACGCUUUCAUACAAACCAUGCUCCUGGCCCCUUGCUGAAACCUGGAGACAGAGCUAAAUCUGACGUGGCCUACCUAUAGACAGACAACACCAAUUACUCUACACGGUCGCUGCUGUUCUCGCCUCUGUUUGUUCGUGACCUGAAAGAGAAGACUGCCACCUGAGUCGCCUGCACGGGGACACAGGCUGCACCAGUGGACGGGAAAUGCAGGGCUGACAGAUGCAAAGGGUACAGACUGCCUUUCAACGAGAACAGAGAAAACCCACCUAACAGACCAAAAAUGAUUCAUUUCCCAUUACUGCUCAAAUUUACAUUUAAAUUUAUACCCUCUUGCUGAGCUAGCAAACGAAAUCAUUCCAUUCUCCUCAUAAACCAAUUCAAAAUGACCUAAAGAAACAUUAACCCUAGUCCAGCAGGAGGUAACACUCAAACACGCCAUAGGAUGCCUUCCUGUACAUAAUUUAUUGCCCCAGGGCAUCCUAGCAAAAUCCUCAGAAGCUUAUCGCAUCUCAGCCUCUGCCUGUGACCUUUUACAUUACGUUGCAUUUUGAGCUCAGAAUUUCCUGGUGAAAGUCUUUACGAUAAGUUCCAAAUUCAGUAAAAUUAAUGGUGUCUUAUACUACUCGUGGGAGUGGGGUUGGGAAGGGAGCAGUACAACCCUUCGGGGAAGCAUUUCACAAUUUACCAAAAGACCUUAAAA